CCCAUUUCCUGCUUCAUGGUGCUGAUAUGUCUGUGAGGCUGCGCUUCCUGUCCUCGGGGGACGCUGCGGCCAUGGGGGCCGUAGGGGCCAUGGGUCGCAGUGCUUCCUUCGCUGGCUACAGCAGUGCCCAGAGCCGGAGGAUCUCGAACUCUGUGAGGGCACGGAUGUCCACAAAGUCAGCCAGGAUGUAUGGCACGCUGAGGAAGGGGGCAGUGUGCCCUGGCCCUAGGCCGCAACAAGUGAAGAAGAUCUUUGAAGCACUCAAGAGAGGCCUCCAGGAGCACCUGUGUGUACAGCAGGCCGAGCUAGAUUAUCUGUCAGGAUGUCACAAGGACACACACAGGAAUUCUAGACUGGCAUUCUAUUAUGACCUGGACAAGCAAACUCGCGCUGUGGACAGGCACAUCCGGAAGAUGGAAUUCCACAUCAGCAAGGUGGAUGAGCUCUAUGAGGGCUACUGUGUCCAGUGUCGCCUGCGGGACGGAGCCUGCAAUAUGCAACGAGCCUUCUCGGGACGCCCGCCCAGCCGUGCUUCCCGGGACAGUGUGCAGGAACUGGGCCGCAGCCUUCAGGAAUGUGCCGAGGAUAUGUGGCUCAUAGAGGGAGCCCUGGAGGUGCACCUGGGCGAGUUCCACAUCAGGAUGAAAGGCCUGGUGGGCUAUGCACGCCUCUGUCCUGGAGACCAGUACGAGGUGCUUAUGCGCCUGGGUCGCCAGCGCUGGAAGCUGAGGGGCCGGAUAGAGUCAGAUGACAGCCAGACCUGGGACGAAGAGGACAAGGCUUUUAUCCCCACCCUACAUGACAACCUGGAGAUUAAGGUGACUGAGCUUCGUGGUCUAAGCUCCCUGGCUGUGGGUGCUGUGACAUGCGACAUCACCGAGUUCUUCACAACCAGGCCACAGGUCAUCGUGGUGGACAUCACUGAAUUGGGCACUAUCAAGUUGCAGCUGGAGGUGCUGUGGAAUCCCCUGGAUGCUGAGAGCUGUCUAGUUUCACCUGGCUUGGCUAGCAAGUUCUCCAUGGGCAGCAGGAAGGGGUCCCUGUACAACUGGACGCCCCCCAGCACCCCUAGCUUCCGGGAAAGAUACUAUCUGUCUGUCCUGCAGCCGCUGCUGCCCCCGCCAGCCCUGCCCGGGACCAUCUCCCUCCGAAGCUCCCUGUCCUAUGGUGACCUUCGUGCCCCGAGUCAGGAGCUCCCUGAGAUGGACUCAUUCAGCUCCGAGGACCCGCGGGAUACUGAGACCAGCACGUCGGCAUCCACCUUGGACGUGGGCUUCAUGCCCUUGGUGGUGGGCCCUGACUCCUCCGCUGAACAGGGGGUCCUAGAUGAGCCCCUGCCACCAGGCCUCCUGCCGGAGAUUGGCGACCUGUCUGGAGGUCCCUGGGUGGAACAGCCUGGCUGGAGGAACCUGGGCUUUGGGUGCCCCCCAAUGCCAGGGGCCCCCCUGCUCCACCACCACCUGGUCUCAGGGACCCAGCAAGACCAGGAGGAGGCAGAAACGGGGGACACAGAGGACAAGCCCCAGGCAGUCCUCGAGGGGUCCCUGCAGGAGGUUCUGGAUUUACUGGGGACCCUGGAGCCUGCCCAGCCCCAGCUCCGGGAGCUACAGAAACAGGUUCUUGGCCUCAGGGAGCGGUGCAAGCCCCGGGUGGCCAGCCGUAAAGGCGCUUCUGCCGAGAGCCUGAUGGAGUGUCUCCUGGACAGUUCUGCUUUCCUGCUUGAUGACCUGGCCCUAUUUGGGCACACAUUCAUUCAAUUCUCCCCAUUCAGGAAGGACAGGACAGUGCCCCCAGAGUCAGCUCCGAGUAUGUCCAGGGAACUUCCGGCCGAAGUAUCUGAGCUGGACAUGCUGCUUGAGGUCCACCUGCAAGUGUGCAAGGCUCUGCUGCAGAAACUCGCCUCUCCCAACCUGUCGAGGAUGGUCCAGGAAUGCCUCCUGGAAGAGGCAGCCCAGCAGAAGCAGGUUCUGGAGACACUGUCAGGGAUGGAUUCUGAGAAGGCCUGCACAGCCACAGCCAUUGAGAAGAUCUUUCCUCAGGCCACACGGAGGAAGGGGUGCCUGAAGCUGUGGCGGGGCUGCACAGAGCAUGGUAGGGUCCUGGCCUGCCCUGCCCCAGUGCUGCUGAGCCAGCUGAAGAGAAUGUUUGUGCACAGAGUGCGAGGGAAGUACCCGGGACAGUUGGAAAUAGCAUGCCGCAGGCUGCUGGAGCAGGUGCUCAGCUGUGGGGGGCUACUGGUCACAGCUGGGCUCCCUGAAGAUCAGACAGUCACCUGGUUCCAGUUUCACAGCUACCUGCAGAGGCAGAGAGUCUCAGACCUGGAGAAACACUUUGCACAGCUCACCAAGGAAGUCACACUCGUGGAAGAGCUACAGUGUGCAGGGCAGGCGAAGGCCAUCAGGAAGCUGCGGGGCAAGCGGCUGGGCCAGCUCCAGCCCCUGCCCCAGACCCUUCGUGCCUGGGCGCUGCUCCAGCUGGACGGGACCCCGCAGACUUGCAGGACAGCCAGUGCCCGCCUCGCCAGCGCAGCUCGGAACAAGAGCUUUCGGGAAAAGGCUCUGCUCUUCUACACCGAUGCCCUGGCUGGGAAUGAACCACGGCUCCAGCAGGCGGCCUGCAUGGCACUGCAGCACCUUGGGGCCAUGGAAAGCAUCGAUCAGAUUGCCAGCCUGUGCUGGUCUGAGCUGGAAGACGUGCGCUCAGCGGCCCGGGAAGCCACACUGUCCUUUGGGGAAAAAGGACGCUUGGCUUUUGAGAAGAUGGACAGAAUCUGCUCGGAACAGAGAGAAGCUGCCCUGAGCCAGGAGCCAGACAUUGAAAUCACAGUAUUUUAAGAGACCCCAGUGGAUGCAUUAAGUUCUGGCUUCUUUGCUGCUGUCCAGCCAUACUGGCCAGGGCAGGGCCUGCUGUGUGUACUGCACCCCUGCACUCUGACACUGUGAGCUGCUGAACAAUGUUCAGGCUCCACACCUGUUGUAAGCCUUGAGUCUACAUGGGGCUCCUGCCCAGAGAGCAAAGGGGUGAGCCUGGUAAACUGAGGACUGCACAAUGGCACUGCACUCUUGGCGCUGGCAUUAGGGUGGCCUAGCCUUUCCCAGAGGCAGAGCCAGGGUAGUCAGUAGGCAGAGGGGUAAUGGCCAAGCAAGGAGAAGCCUGGCAUAAAGGCUCUGAGGUGAGGGUGCUGAACUGGCGGUCUCCCUGCAGGCAGAGGCAUGGCACUUCUAGUUUGUUAAAGACCAUCACAGGGUUGGAGAGAUGCUCUUGGGCUGAGUGUUAAGAUUCCCUAAGCAGAGCUUGUAGUAGCUCCCAAAGAGAAGUUGACAUUGGGGGCAAAGUGAUAGCACAGCAGGUAGGGAGUUUGUCUGCCUUGCACAUGGUCAACCUGAGUUCAACCUCCAGCAUCCAAUAUGGUCCCCUAAGCCUAUCAGGAACAAUUUCCGAGUGCAGAGCCAGAAGUAACCCCUGAGCACUAUUGAGUGUAACACAAAAACCAAGAGGCCAAGAUUGGGCCCAUGGUGAUGACUAGUUGGCUGGUCUUGCUCAGGUGAAUGCAGACAGACUGUGGGCAGGAGUGGUGGGAAGGCCAGCGCUGGGGCUGCUGGCUUACUCACAGCUGCAACAAGGCCAUGGUGAGCUGUGGGACCCCUCGUUUCAGCUAAUUAACAGCACUCAGGUGCUGCUAAUGAAAGGGCUCAUU